GUAAUGUAUUCCUAAAAUAAUGCGGUCACUCGAAUAACGUUUAUACUAAUAUGUUUUAGUGUUGUAAUUAAGGCGUGUAAAUUGACACGCGAGUAUUUCACGUGUGACAGAACCUCGUAUUUUGGAUUUGAAGGCGCUCAAACACGAACCGUUUACGGUAAUGACGUUUGUUUGCAGUUGUUCUGUGGUCAAGUUUCAGCAUAAAAUACGAACUACAUCCGGUUUCGAAAUAAAUCGUAGAUGGUUGGGGACGUGAUCCAAACACAUUUUGAAGUACUUUUACUGCAGAUUUUAAUUUAUUUAUUUAUUUAUCCAUCCCAUUACAGUAAUUUCCAAAUGCUGUAUGAUUUCUCUUGUGUUUUGAAUGUUUUUUAAAAGUAUUUUCGUUUAACUCGUUUAGUUAUUCUCCAAGAAUAUUCUUCCGGCUCAUUGGUACUUACUGAAAACUUGAGUUGUGAGCCAAAAAAUGUGAAUCUCUCAAAAGCUAAAGCAAAUUGUAAUCUAAGAACUUUCCAAAAAAUUACACAUUUUUUGGAAAGUUUGCUGCGGUUGAUUCAUUGCCACAUUAAAAGUGUUUUUAUGGGUUUUUUUCUGUUGUUGUUUGUUUUGUUGUUUUAAAUCUGAUCAGUGAAGCAGACCCUUCAGAAAUUUGUGAUGCCAGAAUUCCAACAAAUAAUUCAACCAAUAUAUAGGUCAAUUUUGAGAGAGAGAGAUGUUAUAUCUUUUUAGAUAGAUUUAUAACAAUACUUGUUUACAUGUUUUGUGGAAAUGACAGCAGUCUAAUGGCUGAGUAUCCUGAGGUGUCUUGUGGAAGGUGCUGUGAGAGUAUGCAGAGGAUGGAAGGAGGAUCCAGGAAAUGCAGGAGGAAUUAUAUCUCACAAUGGCUUGGUAAUACCUCGGGAUCCCCCAAGAGGAGUUAAGAGGGCCUGGUCAGGGAUAAGGAGGUGUGAGCUGAUCUGGACUCGGAUAAAAGGGUAGAAAAUGAAUGUAUUUCAACAAAUGAAAAUGAGAAAUGAUAGGAAUAUUACCAUUUUUGAACAAUCUUCAUGGCUGUUCCACUGUGACAUGCACAGUUUACAAGGUGUGGCAGAACGCAACCCUGACAUAGACUACAAACACUUUGUUGGCAGAGUACCUUAAAACUCAGUUUAGGACUUUUUCAGAGGGUGAAAAUCAAACAAUACGCCCUGAAGCAAUGCACAUAUGAUACACUCAUAAUAUGUUUUGAAAAGUGAGUUUUUGCUGCUCAAAUAAUGUUUGAAAAGCAGUAGAGGUAUGAGGGUUAUACACAGUUUUGCUCUGGGAAUGGGUGCUACCCUUUGACCAAUUAGAGCCACCUCAUCCAUUGCUAAUUUGAAUUGCUUUUCUUCACAGAAGGGCUUUAAAAAAACAAACAAUUAAAACCUGUGGUUAGUGCGCUUGGUUUAAGUGUGGAAGGUUCACGGUUCAAACCCCACCCCUGCCACAUUUCUCCAUGUAAUGUGGAGUUGCGUCAGGAAGGACAUCUGGUGAAAAACCUGUGCCAAAUCAACAUGCAGCUCCACCUUGGAUCUGCUGUGGCAAUCCUGAGUGAAAACAAAGGGGCACCUGAAGGAACUUACAUUCUUAAUAUCAAUUUGUGAAUUCAGUUAUUUCUUUUAAAACUGCAGUAUUUUCAAGUAAAUUUAUGAAUUUAUUAAUGUUGUUAAAUUAAUGGUGUUUUUGUACAUUCCUUUUUCCUUUUGGUUAUUUAUUGAUGGGUUAAUAUUUGAUGGGUAAAUUCUUAAUUACUCUUUUUACUAAACAUUAAAAUGUCAAAUUAUUAAUUGCUUGGUGUUUUAGUAUUUUUAGUUAUGGAUUCAUACAUUAAUUUGUGAACAAAUGUAUUAAUGGCGAAUGUUAUUGUGCAAUUAUUAAUUUAAUGCUUUGUUACUGUUUCAGGGAGCUGAGUUACUCACUACUCUGUGUUCCCAGGGUGAAGAAGAAGUCACCUGGUCAAAGAGCUUUUUCUUAUCAUGCACCUGCUCUGUGGAACGGUCUUCCUGUGACCGUGAGGCAGUCGGAAUUUCUUCCUCUCAGUCACAUGCCGUUUAUCAGAUUUGACCCUGGGCUCCCAGCUUGGGAAACACUGACUGUGCACUCUCGUUGGUCAUCAUCAUGGGCUGCGGCACCUCGGUUGCCACAGAAAUGCAACAAAAAAGCCUGGAGACGGAUGAAGCAGCCAUCACUCCCAGCCCGGCUCUGACUAUGAAGGCAGUGAUUUUGAUCCAGCAGUGGUACCGGCGCUAUGUGGCCCGUCUGGAGAUGAGACGCAGAUACACGUGGAACAUCUUUCAGUCCAUUGAAUAUGCUCAAGAACAGGACCAGCUCCAGCUCUCCAGUUUCUUCAGUUUCAUGCUGGAUCACUUCACUCCGCUGAAUGGAAAUGGAUCAAACUUCAUCUCGCAGUUGCUGCAUCCUGUGGUUGAACCCUGGUUGGAUCGAGACAACAGCUAUGAAUUUAUCUCCGUGCCAGAGUCGUAUACUGGGCCAAGACUUACGUUUCCGCUCUCCGUAUCUGAUACAAAUGUACUCCUCAGUGCUUUUAAGGAGGUGCAGCUUCUUCAUGCCAGAUAUGUGCUGCAGCUGCUCUGUGAAACUAAGAAGCUUCUCAAGCAGAUGCCCAAUGUCAUCCACUUGUCAACAUCCUACACCAAAGAAAUAACUAUAUGUGGUGAUCUGCAUGGCCACCUCGAUGACUUACUUCUCAUAUUUUAUAAGAAUGGCCUUCCAUCUGCUGAGACACCGUAUGUAUUUAAUGGCGACUUUGUGGAUCGGGGCAAAAAGUCCUUUGAAGUGGUCAUUCUCCUGUUUUCUUACCUUUUGCUGUAUCCCGAUCACGUGCACCUGAACCGAGGAAACCAUGAAGACCACAUAAUGAACCUCAGAUAUGGGUUUGCAAAAGAAGUCAUGCACAAGUACAAGACACACGGUGAUGAGAUCCUCCAGCUGUUUCAAGAUGUGUUCAGUCUUCUGCCGGUUGCAGCAGUGAUAGAUGGGAAGAUCUUGAUUGUUCACGGAGGGAUAUCAGACUGCACUGACCUCGACUUCCUCAGCUCCAUAGAAAGACAACAGGUGAAAUCUGCAUUGAAGUUUCCCAAAUUCAGUUUUGACCAACUGGGUAUUGGACAGGCUAACAGCCAGACCAAAAGAGUGAGAUCCACAGACAGCAGCCACAGCAAGAGCCAGCGGACCCCAAACCAGAGGAAGCGGCGACCAGGGCUUAGCCAACACGACAGUGGUACCUCCUCUUCUUCCUCCUCUUCUUCUUCUCUCUGUUCACCUCGAACCCCAUCAUACCGGUCUUCUCCCAGCAGGCCUUGCACUAUGAAUACCCUCCAAGCGCCCUUCCUGGACUCUAUGUGCGCUGUUUCUCCUCUGUCACUUCCACAACAGGAACAGGAGUGGAAACAGAUUGUAGAUAUAUUGUGGAGUGACCCUCGAACCCAAGAGGGCUGCAGGCCCAACACGUUCAGAGGAGGAGGUUGUUACUUUGGCCCUGACGUCACACAUAAGCUGCUGCUCCAGCACGGGCUGCAGCUGCUCGUCCGCUCGCACGAGUGCAAACAGGAGGGCUAUGAGCUCUGUCACGAAGGACAGGUGAUCACCAUCUUCUCAGCCUCCAACUACUAUGAAGAGGGCAGCAACCGGGGUGCCUACAUCAAAGUGGGCAGAGAGCUGGUUCCCCGCUUCUACCAGUACCAAGUCAGCCCCUCCACCCGCAAACUCACCUUGACACAGAGAGUGAGAGCUGCUGAGGGCUCAGCUCUCAGAGCACUGAAAGAAAAGCUGUUUGCUCAUCGCUCCGAGCUGAUUGCGGGAUUCCAGCAGUAUGACGCACAUAACACCGGCACUGUGUCAGUGGGUGAAUGGGCCCAGGUGCUGGAGGCGGUGCUCAGACUUGACCUUCCCUGGAGGACACUCCGCCCACAUUUAGCAUACCUGGCACCAGAUGGCACUGUGAAGUACGAAUCCAGCUUUGAGGAUGUGGGAGCAGGGAUUCCACUUCCACAGGUGACUCCAAACAUGGCUGAAACACUGUUCAGAUACAGAACAGACAUUGAGAUAAUAUUCAACAUUAUAGACAAGGACCAUUCAGGUCUGAUCUCAAUCGAGGAGUUCCGUCACACAUGGCGUCUUUUCAGCAGCCAUCUGGGAGUCAACAUUGAUGACAAAGCCAUUGAUGACCUGGCCCAUAGUAUCGACUUCAACAAGGAUGGAAGUAUAGACUUUAAUGAGUUCCUGGAUGCCUUUAGAGUGGUACACAACCUAGAAUACAAGGACCAACUACACAAUGAAAAGGGUUCCUGAAGACCUUUUAGAACUCUGUGGUGGCAUUGGCCAUCUUCCUUGGGGUGGUCUUCUGGGUCAGGGGGAUAAUUACAGCAAACAGGAGGAGACUGGACAAACUGAUCAGAAUGGCCAGUUUGGUCCUGGGAUGCCCCCUUCACCCAGCACAGAUGGUAGUCAAGCAAUCAUAUCUGUGGCUACUUUGGGACCCCAUCACAGCACUGAGCGGCUCCUUCAGCAACAAACAGAUUUACCCAAAAUGUCUUAAGUUAUCACGGGUCCGUCGUUCCUGCUGCUUCCUGCAAUCUGUACAGCUCCCACUAAGAGUAUAUAUUUACUUAUGUAUAUCCCAGGUCAAUAAAACUGCAAUACCGUUUGUAAAUCGGCUUUACUGUGUACACACUGGACUUGUUCCUUCCACUUUAUAUCCUGCUUAGUGUAUACGGUCUCUAGUUUUCAUUCUCUUUAACAUGCCUCA